UGUUGCAUUGUUUCGGUACCCGUCGGUGCCUUCUGUGGCUCGGAAGAGCUCAACCGAAAGGGCGACGUCGAGGGUUGUUGGAUCGAUAAAUAACAGCAGACAUGGGAACAGCAGCCUAACAAGUGGAACACAGCAGCAGCAGCAGCAGCAGCAGCCACAGCAGCAGCAUAUACUAGGUAGUAGCACAAUUGAAGGCUCUCAGACUUUGGCCAUGACUCCGUGUGUUCUCCCAUCUGUUUUCCUACCCACCCACUAAGAGCGUUGUUAGUCGUUCCAUGCAGAACCAGUGGUAAUUGGACCAUGUCAUCCGGUUUUAGUGGUACCAACUACGACCGGUGGGCCUACGAGAAUGCCACUCCCGGAUCCACGGACACCACGUUGAACAAAAUCCAACACAAGUUUUGGGUUACCAAGCAAGCCGUGGCCAGAAAACUGGGCAAGGAUGAAGACGAGCACAUCGUAUCCUCGGAUUCGGAAUUGGAUGCCAAGUUGGCACUCUUCAGGUCGAUCGACGACACCACCAGAGCCUUACAGAUCCUGAUUGAACACUACCAGGAUAGAGUUUGCAAUUUGUCUUACGAGGAAAACGCCAUGGGGCGUUUCUUGAAGGAAUACGGCAAGGCUGAUCGCACCAAGGCCGGGAAAAUGAUGGUGGCAGUGGGGAAGACCAUGUCUUAUUCGGGUCAGCAACGUCUGGCCAUUCGGGUACCCCUGGUACGACUUUAUCAGGAAGUGGAAACAUUCAAGCAACGAGCCAUCGAGGACACAAUUGUGACCUUGAAGCGGAUGGAGAAAUCCAGGACCGAAUACCGAGGCGCCUUGAUGUGGAUGAAAAAUGUCUCGCAAGAGCUGGACCCAGACACUUACAAACAGCUGGAGAAAUUUCGAAAGGUGCAAGGACACGUGAAGCAAAGCAAAGCCAUGUUUGACAAGUACAAGCUGGAUUGCCUCCAAAAAGUGGACCUCUUGGCAGCGUCGAGAUGCAACAUGUUUUCUCAUGCCCUAAUCAUGUACCAGAAUGCGUUGAUUUUGUUUUGGGAGAAAACGGCCAAGACCAUGAACCAUGUCCAUGACUCAUUCCAAGGGUACCAAAACUUUGAAUUCACCUACAUCAAAGAGCUCAUAGACCCCAACAAGGAUGUGGACGAGGAUGAUAGGACUCCAAGUAAACGAAUAGCCAAGAAAUCCAACCCAACCCAACCACCUCGCCUCCAAGAAGGAUCCUCCUCUAUGCCUGAUCAAGGCAGUGCUAAUCUCAGUGAGAACCAAAAGGAUCUCCUAGGAAUGUCAAAUCCGACCACCGGAGAACAAUUUGGGACAGCCACACUGACUGACGCCUUGUUAGACUUUGGUUUUGAGGAAGAUGAAUCUGAGGCCGCUGACACGGCUGCAGCAUUAGCGGAUUUGCCCACACUGACCCCCUCUGGUCCGUUGAGAGGUCCGACCGACAAGGAAGAUGCCAAGCUAUUAGAAGAGCUUAUGGGUGAAACCGACGCCGACCAGGGCGAGGGCACGGGAUUUUCUGCCCAAUGGAACCAAAUGUUCGGAGCACAAGACGCUGCCGAUGUCAUCUCAGAGGUCAACAACGAGUGCCCAACCACUGAUGAGGACGAGUUUAGCCAAUUCAUCUCUGCUCGAUCCGAGAAUCUGGCCAGCCAAAGCAACUUGGACCUCCUGAUGCCGAUGGGCCAAGAAGACACCCAAGGCAGCAACAAUCUCUUGCCCCUGGCCUCCAGCCCCAAACCUGCCUCGGGCUCGUCCUCGUUUCUUCCAUCUCAAUUGUUCGAUCUAGAUCAGAGCCUCUUCUCUUCUCAACGAAAAGAACACGAUUUGCUCCAGGAUUUCCCGAUGCCCAGUCCGGCUCGUCCAGCCUCCGUGCAGAAGAAAAUCAAGGCCAGUGAUGCCAAAAAGAAGGAGACAGGGACCAGCGAUAUGAGCCAAUGGUUCAACCUGUUCGCUGACUUGGACCCUUUAUCCAAUCCAGAUGCCAUUGGCAAAACCACCAAGGAAGAGGACAAGAAUUGUUACAGCUAAAUGAAAACUACUAUUUGAUACAGGAUUGGUUUGAUUGUUUUCUCACAAUAUACAGUAUAUUAGUACACGCA